GCUAUCAGCUCAUGCAUCGCAGUGGUUUGGAAAAGCAUCAAAAUAACCUUAUAACCGGUAUGAAAAAGGGUGCCUUUUUUGUUAAUCACUUUUGUUUCCAUUGUGUGAUUUGCACAUACCAUGAAAGCCCUGAACGAGGCACCUUGAGAUAAAAUCAUCACCAUGGCAGAAGGGGGAGAUGUAGAGUGGGAACUAUGCAAAGAAAACAUUCAGCCACUGAGGCGGGGAAGACACAUAUCAGCCUUACAGGAAGCACUCAGUCAGCAGCAGGAAGGAGACAACUCUGCCAUCAACCAGCAGAGACAGGCAUUUGAGUCUGAACUGCGUAUGUAUGAUGGGGAUGAUCCUCUUGACGUGUGGGAUCGGUAUAUUAAGUGGACAGAACAGACGUUCCCUCAAGGAGGGAAAGAAAGCCACCUUUCAACAUUGUUGGAAAGAGUCGCGACCAGAUUUACAGAAGAAAAGAAAUAUCACAAUGACCCUCGUUAUGUUGAGCACUGGAUUAAAUUUGCGAUGACCUGCCCAGAGCCUUUGGACAUUUAUAGGUACAUGCAGGCCCAGGGAAUAGGAGCAACUCAGGCUUCUUUCUACAUUGCAUGGUCUGAAGAAUAUGAGAAUCAAGGUAACAGUUGCAAAGCUGACCUGGUCUACCAAGAAGGAUUCAAGAAGCAUGCUGAGCCAAAUGAAAAACUUCAGCAGUUUCACAAGGCUCUGCAGGCACGUGUGUCCCGGCAGGUGAUGAUGAAUGUGGAAGAGGAUGAUAGUGAUGAUGAACCAAAACAACCUGAGAGAAUUUCUCUAGUUGAUCUGAAGCAUAGAGGGAAGAAAAAGGCUAUUGUCCCUGUGAACAGAACUGGGUCUGCAAUCAGAAGUGUUUCUGGAGGCCUGCAAUCACAGGGUACCAGUGUCCUCGGCAAUGCUUCAAAUAGCCGUUUGGUGAUAUUUGAUGAGAAUAAAAUUCCCAGCGCUGGUCCCUCAGAGCCUAAGCUCGAGUCCUGGGGAGCCCCUCCUACUGCAAGAGCAAAAGAAAAUGAGCAGAGGCCUGAAAAAUGGUGUGAUGUCAAGAUGCGUCAGAAGAAUAAAUAUGGACAAACUAUUAUGGCUCCACCACCUUCUAAACCCACCUUCCAACCAUUUGUUGAAGAGUCAGACCAGCCUCCAACAAUGACUCCAUGUAAGAUCAACCCCGCAGUGAACACAGUUUUAUCAGCACGAAAGCCUUGCCGAGAGGAAACUCCCCUGAAGAGAAUACAGGAGCUCCAUCAGCACCAGAAUGAGUCCGAACCUGGAAAACCACAGGAGGAGAGCAUGUACUGUAAAGAGCUGCUUCUAAGUGGUGUCACUGAAUUUUGCUUUGAGGAACUGCGUGCUGAGCGCUACCAUCAAAAGAUGGCACAAAAAACUGAGGUCAGAGGUCAGUCUGAUCAAGCCAGUGCCACUGAUGUAAAGUAACACAUCUCAACAUAGCACUUGUGUUUUCAAAGUGGAUUUUAAACUUCAUUUUGACAAGAUUUUACCUAUGUAUUUUCAAGUUCUUACUGUAUUUUUGUUGUACUGCUGUGAGUAUUGUCAAUAGAUUUUUUUUAUAUAUAAAAAAGAAUGUUUGAUUGGAAGAUGACACGUAACAUGGAUUGGAUGAAGUAAAAAUGCAAGGUACCUGCACAGUAAUUUCUUACAGCAUUCUGAAAACUACGGCACAAUGACACUAGAGAGACAUAAACAUGUGUCACUGAUAUAAAAGAAAUGCAAAAAAGGCAUCACUGUAGUAUUUACAGGGGUAGUCAACCAUAUAAAAUGUAAUUUUUUUUUUUUUUGUACAUACAAACCACAUGUUUUCCACUACUAUGACCACCGCUACAAAGAUAAACAAAAUUCUCUCAUUCCCAGUCGAGUAAUUAAUUUUUCUUGACUACAUUGUUCCUUAGGACAGCGCUUUUUAUGUAUGUUCCGUCUUAAAUUUAUUUGCGUUCUCUAGUAUUUCUGUAGCAGAUGUUUCAGUUCCACCAGAUGUAGAGAGAAGGCUGCAAUGAGGUGAAUCAGCUGGGUUUAUGUCUCAGCCACUAUAAAAUACACCAUGUACACCCAUGUCUCACUGAUGUUCAAUAAACGUGUUAAAAAUGUC